CCCAGGUCCCUAGCUCCUCUUACUGGAAUCCUCGAUUUACUGUCAAGCUCCAGAAGAUGGCGGCGAUGGACAAUCUCGACUUCGACCGAGAUAAAGAUCUGGCAAAAGAUUUUCUUUCUCACUUUGCGGAUCCAGAUGGAGAAGCCAAAUACAUGAAUAUGCUUCAAGAUGUUGCGAAUCAUAAAAUGAAGGCCGUUCACAUCGAGCUUGAAGAUUUAGUGAAUUACAAGGACUUGGAUGAAGACUUCCUUAGGCGGGUCACGGAAAAUACCCGGCGUUACAUACAAAUUUUUGCCAACACAAUUGAUGAGCUCAUGCCUGAGGCCACCGAGCCCUUCCCUGACGAUGAUCAAGAUAUCCUAAUGACCCAGAGGUCCGAGGAAGGAACUGAGAAUGCCGAUGGUUCCGAUCCCCAGCAGAAGAUGCCUCCUGAAAUCAAACGUUAUUUUGAAGUUUACAUCAGAGCAUCUCCAAAAGGAAGGCCUUUCACAAUCAGGGAGGUGAAGGCUUCGUACAUUGGCCAGCUCGUGAGGAUAUCGGGGAUUGUUACGCGUUGCUCUGAUGUGAAGCCACUGAUUCAAGUAGCUGUUUAUACUUGUGAAGAAUGUGGAUUUGAAAUUUACCAGGAGGUUACUUCUAGAGUUUUUAUGCCUCUGUUUGAGUGCCCAUCCCAACGCUGCAAGAUAAAUAAAACUAAAGGCAACCUUAUCCACCAGCUCAGGGCAUCAAAGUUUUUGAAGUUUCAGGAGGCAAAAAUCCAGGAAUUGGCAGAACAUGUCCCCAAAGGUCAUAUUCCUCGAACAAUGACAGUCCAUUUCAGGGGAGAACUCACAAGGAAGGUAUCUCCUGGAGAUGUGGUUGAGUUAUCAGGGAUCUUCCUUCCCAUUCCUUACACUGGAUUCAGAGCCAUGCGGGCUGGUUUAAUUGCAGAUACGUAUUUGGAAGCCAUGUCUGUUACCCAUUUCAAGAAAAAAUAUGAGGAAUAUGAACUCAGAGGAGAUGAGGAAGAACAGAUAUUGCGCUUAGCUGAGGAUGGUGAUAUUUACAAUAAGUUGGCACGCUCUUUAGCUCCGGAAAUUUUUGGACAUGAAGAUAUUAAGAAAGCUCUUCUUCUUCUUCUAGUUGGUGCUCCUCAUCGGAAAUUAAAGGACGGUAUGAAGAUUAGAGGAGACGUACAUCUUUGUUUGAUGGGUGAUCCAGGUGUUGCAAAAAGUCAGCUUCUUAAGCACAUAAUUAAUGUUGCACCAAGAGGUGUAUACACCACUGGCAGAGGAAGCAGUGGAGUUGGUCUAACUGCAGCCGUUCAGAAGGACCCAGUGACAUAUGAAAUGGUUCUCGAAGGUGGAGCAUUGGUUUUAGCUGACAUGGGUAUAUGCGCUAUUGAUGAAUUUGACAAGAUGGACGAAUCUGAUCGAACAGCGAUACAUGAAGUAAUGGAGCAGCAGACUGUGAGUAUUGCAAAGGCUGGGAUUACUACAUCUUUGAAUGCGAGGACCGCUGUCCUUGCUGCUGCUAAUCCAGCAUGGGGAAGAUAUGACUUGCGAAGAACACCAGCCGAAAACAUCAAUCUCCCUCCAGCGCUGUUAUCAAGAUUUGACCUUCUAUGGUUGAUCUUAGAUAGAGCGGAUAUGGAUGCUGAUCUUGAAAUGGCUAGGCAUGUUGUAUAUGUCCACCAGAACAAAGAGUCUCCUGCUCUUGGAUUUACUCCACUUGAACCAUCUGUCCUGCGGGCCUAUAUAUCGGCGGCAAGAAAACUGUCUCCUUCUGUCCCAAGGGAGUUGGAGGAGUAUAUAGCUACUGCAUAUUCCAGUAUAAGGCAAGAGGAGGCAAAAUCAAAUACACCCCAUUCGUAUACCACUGUUAGAACCCUGCUCAGCAUUCUCAGAAUAUCAGCUGCACUGGCUAGACUUCGGUUCUCCGACACUGUUGCCCAGAGUGAUGUGGACGAGGCCCUAAGAUUAAUGCAAAUGUCAAAGUUCUCUUUGUAUUCAGAUGAUCGCCGAAGAUCAGGCUUGGAUGCAAUCUCAGAUAUAUAUUCAAUCUUACGUGAUGAAGCUGCAAGGGCAAACAGGAUGGAUAUAAGCUAUGCCCAUGCCCUUAACUGGAUUUCUCGAAAGGGAUACAGUGAAGGCCAAUUGAAAGAAUGUUUGGAAGAAUAUGCAGCCUUGAACGUGUGGCAGAUCCACCCGAACACGUUUGAUAUCCGAUUCAUAGAUGCCUGAUCCUGAUCCUGCUUCAGGAAUUUGCAUUACUGACUGUAGGUGCAAGUCUAGUCGAAAUUGAUAACGUUCGGGAGUGGGGACUAAUGGGUCAGCGUGUUAAUAUUGUGUGUGUUGUCAUGAUUGGAAGUCUAAACCUGUACCCACUCCUUUUUUUCUCUGAAUGUAGCGAGUAAAGCUUUUAGCUGAGACUCCCAGCUUCUGCUACUGUUGAGAUGAGAUUAUUAUUUCAUUAUACGGAGUAGUUGGGAUGGGAUGUGGAGGCCAUUCGCCGGUGA